AUAGAAUUUUUCAUCAGCUGGUUUCCUCUUUUCGGGCAAAUUCGUUGAUUGUUUAUCUUUUUUUCUUUUUCACCAUCAUGUCCUAUUUUCGUUUUAACAAUCUAAUCAAAUCGAAUCUUAUUCAGAGAAGUGUUUCAACAAGUGGAAUCUUGAAUGGAUCCGGUCAAGGUUUUCCGCCCAGAAAAUUACCCGAACCAGUUGAUGAGAUUGGAGAUUCUGGUAAACAUGCUUAUCAAAACAUUUAUGGUAAUUUAAGGCGACCUAAAGCUAAGCCUCGAAAGAUACCCGAAAAGGAUCGACGGGUACCUGUUGAUUGGCAGAUCAGUGCUCGUUACAUGUUAAGUAAAACAUUUAAAGAAACUUAUGGUGACUAUAAAAUUUGGCAAAUGUAUCGACGUAAUUUCCGUGGGCCAAUGGACAGAAUCCCGGUCAACACGAGGGAAAACUGUAUCGGUGAAGAUGGUUACAUUCAGAACAAUAAUCCAUGUCCAGUUUGCAGAGAUAAAUAUCUGGUUUUAGAUUAUCGAAAUGUUUUGUUAUUAAAGCAGUUUAUUGAUGAAUUUACCGAUCAGAUUAUGGACAAUCGAAGGACCCACUUGUGUUGUGCUAAAUAUGAAGAUUUAUUAACCGAAUAUGUUAAAGCCAAAGAAUAUGGAACAAUCAGUUUUGUUUUACCCAAUCGUCGAUAUGAUUAUAGUGAUUAUUAUCACAAGAACUUAUUGUCUGAUUUUACGGAUGAACAAAUUGACUUAGAUGAAGAUGAAGUCAUGAAAAAGAUUCAAUUGUAUCCCAGUUAUGUUACUGAAGAUCCUGCUGCUUAUAAUUUCCCUAAUGUUUUACCAGCAACAAUUUUCCCAGAAGAAAAUAAAUGAUUUUAGUCUAGUUGAAAAUACUAAGAAUGAUUUAUUCACAAUUAGUUCUAAAUCAAUGUAAUCCACUUGUUGAUCAACAAUCAAAUAAACUUUUUCCAAACAAAA